GCCGCUGACGGUUUCAGAUAACCGGCCGGGACAACAACAUCCGGUACGUCACUUCGUUCACUACUUGUCAAACAUGGCGCUGCUACUAAGGACGUUGGCUCGUCCGGGUGUCUGUCUCACCAGACCACAAUACAGUGUCCUCUACAGACAUGCCGCUCCCAUGGGAACCACGGCUAAGGAUGAGAUGAACAAGUUUUGGACCAAAAAUGCCAAAUUAAACAGACCCAUGUCUCCCCAUGUCACCAUUUACAAGUGGUCCGUCCCCAUGGUGAUGUCCAUCACACACAGAGGAACAGGAGUGGGGCUCAGUGGAGCCAUCUCAGCCUUUGCCUUGGCAGCGCUGGUUUUACCGGGACAUUACCCCUACUACCUGGACUUGAUCCAUUCGCUAUCCGUCGGCCCCUUUCUCAUUGGGUUGGCCAAGUUCGGCAUCACCUUCCCUGUGUCGUACCACACCUUUAACGGCAUCCGCCACUUGUGGUGGGAUAUUGGCAAGGGCUUCAAAAUCCCAGAGGUCUACCGCACCGGCUACACAGUUAUUGGGCUGUCCGUCAUCACCUCCAUAGCACUGACUUUCCUCUGAGCAGACAACGAGAAGAGAGAGUGGAAGGGAAUGUGGACUGGCUUCACUGUGGCAGUUUUGUGUAUAUGUUCUGUUCUGGCGUAUUGCAUUUCAUCAAAGUAUUAAAUAAAGGAUUAUAUUAUGCUUUAUGCAGAAAA